GUGCUCGUUUGGGAGUUUAAAGGUCCUGAUUCUGACAAGUCAUGGGACAUUGUUGUUUGUAUCAUAAGUUCUAUGUUUUUUAACUUAAGCCAUAUAUAUCAAUAUCUUUGAAUCCAUAUCAAAAGACAAAAAAAAAACUCCAAUUAUAUAUAUACUCUUCUUCUUUGUUAACUCCGCUUCAAUUUCAUCCUCAUUUGGUAAUAAAAACAAAGAGCAGCCUUCUUCUUCUUCUUCUUCUUCUUCUUCUUCUCCAAUAUCAUCUCUCCACGGUAUUACAGGAAAUUUUUGUCAAUUUUUUUUGAGGAAGGAACUGUUCUUCAGGGUUUUGAGUCUUAGAAGAAGAAACCCUUUUGGAAUUUGGAGUUUGGCCAUUAUGCAGAGGAGUUUUUGAAGAUUCAAGAACCUAAUUUCCAUCAUUAACUUGCUAUGAAGUUUAUGAAACUUGGAUCUCGUCCUGACACUUUCUACACUUCAGAAGAUUUAAGAUGUGUUUCUUCUGAAGUUUCCAGUGAUUACACAAUCCAUGUGUCAGGAAGCAAAUAUCUUCUUCACAAGUUUCCACUGCUCUCAAAAUGUUUGAGGCUUCAAAGAAUGUGCUCUGAAUCUCCAGAAUCAAUACAACUUCCAGAAUUUCCAGGAGGCGUUGAGGCCUUUGAGCUCUGUGCAAAGUUUUGCUACGGAAUAACAAUAACAAUCAGCGCCUACAACAUAGUAGCAGCGAGAUGUGCAGCAGAGUAUCUGCAGAUGUCAGAGGAAGUUGAGAAAGGUAACUUGGUGUACAAGCUUGAAGUCUUCUUCAACUCCUGCAUCCUUAAUGGAUGGAGAGACUCCAUAGUCACGCUUCAGACAACAAAGGCGUUUCCUUUGUGGUCUGAAGAUCUCGCCAUCACCAGUAGAUGCAUUGAAGCCAUAGCCUCUAAGGUCUUGUCUCACCCAUCCAAAGUCUGUCUCUCGCAUAGCCAUUCAAGACGUGUUAGAGACGACGACGUAUCCUCUAACCGAGCCGCUGCUACGAGCAGAGGAUGGUGGGCUGAAGAUAUCGCGGAGUUGGGGAUAGAUCUUUAUUGGAGGACUAUGAUUGCUAUAAAGUCCGGUGGCAAAGUACCGGCGAGUCUCAUCGGUGAUGCUCUUCGAGUUUACGCCUCUAAAUGGCUUCCUACUUUGCAAAGAAACCGGAAACUAGUCGGCAAGAAAGCUGGUUCUGACUCGGAUUCGGAUACUGAUACUUCAUCGAAGCAUAGGCUGUUGUUGGAAUCCAUUAUAAGCUUGCUUCCCGCUGAGAAAGCCGCGGUUUCUUGCAGUUUCUUGCUUAAGCUCUUGAAAGCAGCUAACAUCUUAAACGCCUCAGCGUCUUCGAAAAUGGAGUUAGCGAGAAGGGUGGCUCUUCAGUUAGAAGAAGCAACGGUUAGCGAUUUGUUAAUACCACCAAUGUCAUACAAAUCCGAAAUGUUGUACGAUGUGGACAUUGUUGCGACGAUCUUGGAACAGUUUAUGGUUCAAGGGCAGACUAGUCCACCAACAAGUCCUCUGAGAGGUAAAAAGGGAAUGAUGGAUAGAAGAAGAAGGUCUCGUUCGGCGGAGAAUAUCAAUCUUGAGUUCCAAGAAAGUAGGAGAUCUUCCUCUGCCUCUCAUAGCUCAAAGCUUAAAGUAGCUAAGCUUGUUGAUGGAUAUCUCCAACAGAUUGCUAGAGAUGUGAAUCUACCGCUCUCGAAAUUUGUCACUUUAGCUGAGAGUGUCCCUGAAUUCUCAAGACUCGAUCAUGAUGAUCUCUACAGAGCCAUUGACAUAUAUCUCAAGGCUCACAAGAACCUGAACAAAUCAGAGAGGAAGAGAGUUUGCAGAGUCUUGGACUGCAAGAAACUGUCAAUGGAAGCGUGUAUGCACGCCGCGCAGAACGAGAUGCUUCCUCUAAGAGUAGUUGUACAAGUCCUCUUCUACGAGCAGGCACGAGCCGCUGCAGCUACGACCAACGGUGAAGGCAAAAUGACCGAACUUCCAAGCAACAUCAAAGCAUUACUCGCUGCGCACAACAUCGACCCUUCUAAUCCAAACGCAGCAGCUUUCAGCACGACCACAAGCGUCGCCGCACCGGAAGAUCAAUGGAGCGUAUCGGGUCUUAAAUCUCCUAAAUCAAAGCUCUCAGGGACACUGAGAAGCAAGCUAGCUGAAGAUGAAGAGGUAGACGACAGGUUUAUGAACCAAGACGGAGGAGGAAGAACACCGUCUCGGUUCAAGGCUUUUUGUGCAAUCCCUGGCCGGCCUAAGAAGAUGUUCAGCAAGUUUUUGUCCAUCAACAGAAACUCCAACGACAAAACUGUUAUUUAGAACUUUAGAGUAAAAGAAACAAAAUGUUUAAACCUCUCUCUCUCUCUCUCUCUCUGUAACUUCACCAAUGUUUAUUUAAUCUCCAAGAUGAUAAUAAUAUUGUUAAGAAUGCAUAUUUCAUCUCAUUGGAUUCAUGAGACACGUGUUUAUGAUCAAGAAAGGUCAAACUUUUUGAGAAUUGUCUGAAACAGAAUAGCC